CGUCAAGUGAAAAGGAAAGCAGAAAAAAGAAGACAAGCAAAUCAAGCCAACAAUUUCGGUCUCGGAAUUUUGUGGGAUUUUCCAUCGGUAAAACUUGUUCCUACAGCGUACGAAAGGGGUGUGUGUGCCUCGGUUCCUUUCAUCGCCAUACCAGCAACGGAAAGCGGAACCCAGCAGCAUUUGCAGCGUGAAAGAAUGAGCCGCAAUGGAAGGCGUCGCAGUCGAAGUAGAAGUCCCCGGGGCCGGGGUGGACUGCCGGGUAGCCGGUACGAAAUCGGCAAACUGCAAACGCUCCGACCCGUCCAGUGGUCCCAGGUGAAGCUGGACCCGAUCGUGCGCGAACCGUACCGUUCCAAGGCAACGUACCGGCGGUCCGAGCGCGAGAUCUCCGAAUGGCGCCGAUCGAAGGAAAUCACCACCAAGGGCCACGACAUCCCGGACCCGAUCUUUACCUUCGAAGAGUCCGGCUUCCCGGCGGAAAUCAUUGACGAGCUGCGGUACGCCGGCUUUACCACGCCCACGCCGAUCCAGGCCCAGGGCUGGCCGAUUGCACUGUCCGGCCGGGAUAUGGUCGGCAUCGCGAAAACAGGCUCGGGGAAAACACUGUCCUACCUGAUCCCCGCCCUGAUACACAUCGAUCAGCAGCCGCGGCUUCGCCGUGGCGACGGGCCGAUCGCGCUGAUACUAGCGCCAACGCGCGAGCUAGCGCAGCAAAUCAAACAGGUGGCGGACGACUUUGGGCGGGCGCUGAAGUACAAAAACACCUGCCUGUUUGGCGGUGGGAAAAAGCGCAAGCAGCAGGACGAUCUGGAGUACGGGGUGGAAAUCGUGAUCGCCACGCCCGGCCGGCUGAUUGACUUUCUGUCGAGCAACCAGACGAACCUGCGCCGCUGCUCGUACCUGGUGCUGGACGAGGCGGAUCGUAUGCUGGACAUGGGGUUCGAGCCGCAGAUACGCACCAUCAUUGAGCAGAUCCGUCCCGACCGGCAGACGCUGAUGUGGUCGGCCACGUGGCCCGACAUCGUGGCCCGCCUCGUGAAGGACUAUCUGAAGGACUACGCGCAGAUCAAUGUGGGAUCGCUGAAGCUGGCGGCGAACCACAACAUCCUGCAGAUAAUCGACGUUUGCCAGGAGUACGAGAAGGAGUCGAAGCUGAGCAUACUGCUGCGCGAGAUAAUGGCCGAGAAGGAGUGCAAAACGAUCAUCUUCAUCGAGACGAAGAAGCGCGUCGAUGAUAUCACGCGCAAGGUGAAGCGGGACGGUUGGCCAGCCCGCUGUAUCCAUGGCGACAAAUCGCAGAACGAGCGUGAUGCUACAUUAAACUCAUUCCGUUCGGGAAGGACGCCGAUUUUGAUUGCCACCGAUGUGGCAGCACGUGGUCUAGACGUGGACGACGUAAAGUUUGUAAUCAACUUUGACUUCCCGACCACCUCGGAGGACUACAUUCAUCGCAUUGGGCGCACGGGACGGUGCAACAACACUGGCACAGCCUACACGUUCUUCACCCCGAACAAUGCCUCGAAAGCGCGCGAUCUGAUCGAUGUACUGAAGGAGGCAAAGCAGGUGAUCAAUCCAAAGCUGGUCGAGUUGGCAAGCAUGAAGGUCAAGGGCAAAGGCAAUCGACACAUGACAACGCGCUAUCCGCGCGAGCGCCGAUCGCGCUCCAGAUCGAAAUCUCGCUCACCGGUACGAAGCAGGCGGCCGGCGGGCCUGUCAGACCGGCGCCGAUCCCACAGCCGGUCCCGAUCCCGUUCGCGGUCUCCGGUACGCCGCUCGCCCGUGGGUGGCCGGCGGGACGUUCGCACCAGAGGGUCGUCGCCCGGCCGGCGCAGCAUUUCGCGCAGUCCGCGACGCAGCGGAAGCGGUAGCCGGCGUCGCUUGCUUCCUCCGGCAGCGCGUAAAGCUUCUCGUUCGCCGCCGCCCAGCCGCAGCCCGGUCGCCUCUAGCCGACGGGUGAAUGGGCGCGAGCAGAAGAAUGGCCGUUCGCUGAGCCGCGAGCGCGAGCGUGAUCGCGAUCGUGAGCGCGAACGGGAUCGAGACCGUGGAGACCGUGAUCGGGAUCGUGGGCGGGAGAGCAACCGAGAUCGAGAUCGUCGCCGGCGCAGUCGAAGUCGUAGCCGUAGCCGCAGUCGUAGCCGCAAUGGCAACGGCAGAGCGUCGUCGUACGAUCGAUACUAGCUGAGCGGAAUGAGUGCCGACGCGUAGAAGAACAACGCGUCAAACUAUAAAUGGCAUUGCAAUUGCCAUUCGGUGUAAUUCAGUGUGGAGUUAUUGCGCAAAGAUAGGACAAUGAAGUUUUCGAACUACUGUAACUACCGUAACCUUCCUCUGAGGAGCAUUGUAUACAGAAAUUUCUUCGUUUUUUUUUAACCGGCAGACAAUCGUCGGACUCAGUAAUCAAUCAUCAUUUAGUGAGCAAAAGUAUUACGCAAACAACUUUGAACAAUCGAAACAAUUCCUAUUGUGAAGGAGAAGAAGCGGAGGGAGAGGUGAUACAUUUUCCCAGCACGAGGAUUUACUUGUCAAACACACAAUCCUCGCCUUUAGAAAUAAUAAUAAAAAAAGAAACAGAUAGAUUAAAGGUAGGUGAAAGAGAAGUAACGAUGAUGAAGAAGAAGUUAGAAAGGCAAAGGCGAUGAGCCGCCUUGCUAUUCCGGAACAUACAUCUCCGAGGAGCGCAAAACAAGUAGAGUGAAUGCAUUUUAUGGUUUUGUUUUUAUCACCACACACUAUUUAAUUGUAAGCUGUGUGGUUAGACAGCCGAGUGUGCACCGAUUGCAGGCGAACAUGUCUGCGAGACAGCACCGUAUAUGAAGGUAUCUGAAAUGCACUUGCACGUUGGAGAGCUGCAACUGAGCGUAAGGAGCCGCCCAGGGCGAACAAAGCAAAGCUUAGGAGCUUUCGUAUUUGAGGGCCAUAUUGAAGUGCACGUGUUGGUUUCAUUUAGCCGUAAAAGGAUUCUCCUCCAUUCCUAGCCCCGUUUAUGUAUCAUAAAUAUAUAUGAAAAGGAAUUACCUACAUACUUGCAUUCAUAGGUUCUGCAUUUUUCUCUCAUUUCUGCAGUUUGUUUGAAAUUCUUCGUUACUCGAAACCGUUAUUUAGGGCACAGUGUUGCAGUGAAGUUGAUCUGGAUUAUUAGUUACGUACGAGCAGAGUUUAAAUCUUGUACUCGUUUUAAAAGCUUAAUGUAAAAGGGAGUUUUGCUUUUAGUUUUGGUUUAGAUCUUAAUCUAACGAAAGAGAAAGACAGUCGUGCACUGAACCCAGCGAAAGAGAAAGAGAGGAAAAGCAAAAAGAGAAUGCAUUUUUAACUAAUGUGGUGUGUGUUCGAAUUUGUCUAACAAAAUUUUCGAUAUGAAUAAAUGUACGCAUAUGCAAAUGGUUUCGUUUGUAAAAGUA